UAUCAUCAAUGCUUUCCCCUUUCCAUUGUAUCAUUUCAGGUGUAUAUCAAAGUUAUAGACACAAAUAAUCACAGGCCACAGUUUUCUGCUUCAAAAUAUGAAGUUGUUAUACCCGAAGACACCAUGCCAGAGACAGAAAUUCUGCAAGUCAGUGCCACAGACAGAGAUGAGAAGAAUAAACUGAUUUAUACUAUGCAGGGCAGCACUGAUCCCAUCAGUCUUAAAAAAUUUCGUCUGGACCCUGGAACUGGCUCUCUUUAUACUUCAGAAAAACUGGAUCAUGAGACCAUGAACCAGCAUAUUCUUACAGUAAUGGUUCGAGAUCAAGAUGUCCCUGUAAAGCGCAACUAUGCUAGAAUCAUCAUUAAUGUUAGUGACACAAAUGAUCACGCCCCAUGGUUCACCAGCUCUUCCUAUGAAGGACGGGUGUACGAGUCAGCAGCUGUUGGAUCAGCAGUACUCCAGGUUACAGCAUUAGAUAAGGACAAAGGAAAAAAUGCAGAAAUUGUGUACUCUAUUGAAUCAGGGAAUAUUGGAAAUUCCUUCUCUUUAGAUCCCAUUUUGGGUAUGAUUAAAACUGCAAAGGAAUUAGAUCGUAGUAACCAGGAAGAAUACAACCUGAUGGUAAAAGCUACGGACAAAGGAGAUCCUCCAAUGAGUGAAGUGACCUCUGUGCAUAUAUUUGUCACUGUUUCUGAUAAUGCCUCACCAAAAUUCACAGCCAAAGAAUAUUCUGCAGAAAUCAGUGAAAGUGCCAGUGUUGGUAGUUUUGUUGGAAUGGUUACAGCAUACAGUCAGUCUUCUGUUGUCUAUGAAAUAAAAGAUGGCAAUAUAGGUGAUGCCUUUGCUAUCAAUCCAAACUCAGGUGUCAUUGUUUCUCAGAAGGUACUUGAUUUUGAAACUUUGCCUGUUUACACUCUAACUGUGCAAGGAACAAACAUGGCUGGCUUGUCCACUAAUACAACAGUUUUGGUACAUCUUCGGGAUGAGAAUGACAAUACACCAGUUUUUAUGCAGGCUGAAUAUGCAGGACUCAUCAGUGAAUCAGCUUCAAUUAACAGUGUGGUUCUGACUGACAAGAAUAUCCCAUUAGUAAUCCGAGCUACAGAUGCUGAUAAAGAAUCUAAUGCUUUGCUUGUUUAUCAAAUUGUUGAACCAUCUGUCCACAAGUAUUUUGCCAUUGAUUCUAGCACUGGUGCCAUUUGGACAGUAAUGAGUCUGGACUAUGAGGAGACAAAUAUUUUCCACUUUUCAGUUCAAGUACAUGAUAUGGGGAUACCUCAUUUAUAUGCUGAAUAUGCAGCUAAUGUUACUAUUUAUGUAAUUGACAUCAAUGACUGUCCUCCUGUGUUUUCAAGAGAACUGUACGAGACAUCUAUUUUGGUUCCAACCUAUAAAGGUGUGGAAGUCAUCAGCAUAAAUGCCACUGAUGCUGAUUCAGGCAUUUUUUCACAAUUAAUUUAUACCAUUAUUGAAGGCAACAUUGGAGAAAAAUUUUCAAUAAACCCUAAGACUGGAGAUAUAACAGUGCAAAAUACAACUCAGUUAAGAAGCAGGUAUGAAUUAACAGUGAGAGCAUCUGAUGGCAGAUUUGCAAGCACUGCAUCUGUAAAAGUUAAUGUGAAAGAAAGCAAGGCAAGCCAGCUGAAGUUCACACAGAGUUCUUACUCUGCAACAGUGCAGGAGAAUUCCACCGAGGCAAAAACAAUAGCUGUUGUUACUGCUAUAGGAAAUCAAAUAAAUGAGCCUUUGUUUUACCAUAUUCUAAAUCCAGACAGCAGAUUUAAAAUAAGCCCAACUUCUGGAGUCCUUUCAACAACAGGAAUACCAUUUGAUCGUGAACAGCAAGAAUCUUUUGAUGUGGUCGUAGAAGUGACAGAGGAAUAUAGACCAUCAGUUGUUGCACACAUUGUAGUUAAAGUCACAGUGGAAGAUGUAAAUGAUAAUGCUCCAUUUUUUGUCAGUCUUCCGUAUUAUGCUGUUGUUAAAGUAGACUCUGAAGUAGGCCAUGUUAUUCAGCAUGUCACUGCAGUAGAUAAAGAUACAGGCAGAAAUGGGGAGGUGCAUUAUUAUCUCAAAGAACAUCAUGAACAUUUCCAAAUUGAUCCCACUGGUGAAAUCUCCCUGAAGAAAAAGUUUGAACCAGAUACAUUGAACAAGGAGUAUCUGGUCACAGUAGUGGCAAAAGAUGGAGGAGACCCUGCGUUUUCUGCUGAAGUUACAGUCCCAAUUACAGUUAUGAGUAAAGCUAUGCCAGUUUUCGAAAAGCCUUUCUACAGUGCAGAGAUACCAGAAAACAUUCAGCUCCACAGUCCUGUGGUACAUGUACAAGCAAACAGCCCAGAAGGACUUAAGGUGUUUUACAGCAUUACAGGUGGAGAUCCUUUCAAUCAGUUCACUAUAAACUUCAACACUGGAGUUAUAAAUGUCAUUGCCCUUCUUGACUUCGAGUCUCAUCCAGCCUACAAACUGAGUAUUCGAGCAACAGACUCCCUAACAGGGGCACACGCUGAUGUGUUUGUAGACAUAAUAGUGGAAGACAUCAAUGAUAAUCCUCCUGUGUUUACAGAGCAGGCUUACACUGCAACCCUUUCUGAGGCCUCUGUCAUUGGAACAUCUGUUGUACAAGUGAGUGCCACAGAUGCUGAUUCUGGAACAAACAGGGGGAUUUCCUAUCACUUGGUUGAGGAUAAUGGUGAAAGUCAUGACUACUUCUAUAUAGAUAGCAGCACCGGACUCAUUCUUACAGCAAGAACCUUGGACUAUGAACAAAUUAAACAACACAAGUUACUAAUAAGGGCCAUAGAUGGUGGCAUGCUGCCCUUGAGCAGUGAUACCAUUGUAACUGUUGAUGUAACCGAUCUCAAUGAUAACCCCCCUGUUUUUAACCAAUUGCUUUAUGAAGCUAAAAUUAGUGAACUGGCUCCCCGAGGGCAUUUUGUGACAUGUGUGCAAGCAUCAGAUGCAGAUAGUUCAGAUGCUGACAAGCUGGAGUACUCUCUUCUGACAGGCAAUGACCAGAAGAAUUUUGUAAUUAAUAGUAAAACUGGUAUUAUCACCAUAUCAAACCUACGCAGACAGAUGCUAAAGUCACAUUAUAAUCUUAAUGUGUCUGUUUCUGAUGGGGUCUUCAGAAGCUCAGCCCAAGUCUAUGUAACUGUAACCAGUGCCAAUAUGCACAGUCCUGUUUUCAGCCAGAAUGAGUAUGAGGUUGAACUAGCUGAAAAUGCUCCGCUGCAUACUUCAGUGACUGAAGUUAAAGCAACUGAUGAAGAUUCUGGUACAUAUGGCCACAUCACUUACCACAUUGUGAAUGACUUUGCCAAAGACAGAUUUUAUACAAAUGAGAGAGGGCAGAUAUUUACCUCCAAAAAGCUUGACCGUGAAACACAAGCAGAAAAAGUAAUUGCCAUUAGUUUAAUGGCCAAAGAUUCAGGAGGAAAAGUUGCUUUCUGUACUAUUAAUGUAAUACUUACAGAUGUCAAUGAUAACACUCCUCAAUUCAGAGCAACAGAGUAUGAAGUAAAUAUUGGAUCUGAUGUUCCACGUGGUACUUCUGUCAUUAAAGUCUGGGCAUCCGAUGCUGAUGAGGGUACAAAUGCAGACAUCACAUAUGCUAUUGAAGCAGAGUCUGAAAAUGUUAAAGAGAAUUUAGAAAUUGACUCAUUGUCUGGCAUAAUUACUACAAAAGAAAGCUUAAUUGGUUUAGAAAAUGAGUUUCUGACCUUCUUUGUUAGAGCAGUUGAUGGUGGAUCCCCCAAAAAAGAAUCAGUUGUUCCUGUCUAUGCUAGAAUACUCCCACCAGAAGUGCCUCUUCCAAAAUUUUCAGAGCCGUUUUAUUCUUACACAGUUUCUGAGGACAUUCCAAUUGGAACUGAGAUAGAUGUUAUCAAAGCAGAGCAUAAUCAGACUUUAGUAUAUAGUCUGAUUAAAGGGAACACUCCUGAAAGCAAUAGAGAUGCUUUUUUUGUGAUUGACCGACAGACUGGAGAGUUGAAACUUGACAAAAAUCUUGAUCAUGAAACAACUAAAUGGUACCAGUUCUCAGUUCAAGCACAGUAUGUAAAUGAAGAUUAUAACAUUGUUUCCUCAGUAGAGGUAAGCAUUCAGGUAAAAGAUGCAAAUGAUAACAGACCGAUUUUGGAGUCCAAUCCUUAUGAAGCAUUCAUUGUAGAAAACAUGCCAGCUGGAACAAAAGUCAUCCAGGUUAAAGGAACAGACUUGGAUUCAGGACUGAAUGGGCAGGUUACUUACAGCUUGGAUCCUUCUCAAGAACUAGACGUUGUAGAGUCUUUUGCUAUAAACAUGGAAACUGGCUGGAUUACCACUCUAAAAGAACUUGAUCAUGAGAAACGAGACAAAUACAAAGUCAUAGUGGUUGCAUCUGAUCGGGGUGAAAAAGUUCAACUGUCUUCUAUGGCUGUGGUUGAAGUUACUGUUACAGAUGUGAAUGACAAUCCACCACGCUUUACUGCAGAGAUAUAUAAAGGAACAGUCAGUGAGGAUGACCCUCCUGAUGGGGUAAUUGCCAUCUUGAGUACAACUGAUGCUGAUACAGAAGAAGCCAAUAGACAAGUCUUCUAUUACAUUACAGGAGGUGAUCCCUUGGGACAGUUUGCUAUUGAAAAUGUACAGAAUGAAUGGAAGGUCUAUGUCAAAAAACCUUUGGACAGGGAAGAAAAGGAUAGUUACCUUCUAAAUAUUACAGCUACCGAUGGGACCUUUGCAACUAGAGCUGUGGUGGAGGUUAAAGUCCUUGAUGCUAAUGAUAAUAGCCCUGUUUGUGAAAAGGCUUUAUACACUGACUCUGUUCCUGAAGAUUCACUUCCUGGCAAACUGAUAAUGCAGGUAUCUGCUACAGACGCAGAUAUUCGUUCCAAUGCAGAAAUUACUUACACACUGCAUGGCACAGGAGCAGAAAAAUUCAGACUCACUCCAGACACAGGUGAACUGAAAACAUUAAUGCCACUUGAUCGUGAGCAGCAAGCGGUUUAUUAUCUUCUAGUGAAAGCCACAGAUGGAGGAGGAAGAUUCUGCCAAGCUGAUAUUAUUCUGACUCUGGAAGAUGUGAAUGAUAACGCCCCAGAGUUCACAGCUGAUCCUUACUCCAUUACAGUAUUUGAAAACACAGAGCCUAAAACCCUUUUGACAAGAGUCCAGGCAACAGAUGCAGAUGCAGGGAUGAACCGUAAAAUCCAUUAUUCACUGAUGAACUCUGCAGAGGGCCAGUUCUCUAUCGAUGAAUUCUCUGGAAUCAUUCAUUUGGAGAAGCCAUUGGAUCGUGAAUUACAAGCUGUGUACACCCUAACUUUGAAGGCUACAGAUGAAGGUUUACCUAGAAGACUGUCUUCAACAAGUAGUCUUAUAGUUUCUGUUUUGGAUAUAAAUGAUAAUCCGCCUGUAUUUGAGCAUAGGGAGUAUAGUGCAAGUGUAUCAGAGGAUGUUUUGGUUGGAACUGAAGUUCUCCAGAUCUAUGCUGCAAGCAGGGACAUUGAAGCCAAUGCUGAAAUCACAUACUCAAUAGUCAGUGGCAAUGAACAUGGAAAAUUCAGCAUCGAUUCAGCAACAGGAGCCAUUUUUGUCAUUGAGAGCUUGGAUUAUGAAAGUUCUCAUGAGUACUACUUGACAGUGGAAGCCACAGAUGGAGGCACACCUUCAUUAAGUGAUGUUGUAACAGUGAAUAUUAAUGUAACAGAUAUCAAUGACAAUACUCCAGUGUUUAGCCAAGACACUUACACUGCAGUAAUAAGUGAAGAUGCUAUGCUUGAACAAUCAGUCAUUACAGUUAUGGCAGAUGAUGCCGAUGGACCUUCAAACAACCGCAUUCACUACGCAAUUAUAGAUGGCAAUCAGGGAAAUCCUUUUACAAUUGACCCCACAAGGGGUGAAAUAAAAGUGACUAAACUUCUAGACAGAGAAAAGAUCUCGGGAUAUACCUUGACAGUUCAAGCUUCAGAUAACGGAAACCCACCAAGACUUAACACAACUGCAGUUAAUAUUGAUGUUUCUGAUGUAAAUGACAAUCCUCCAGUAUUCUCAAAAGGAAACUAUAGUGUUAUCAUCCAGGAAAAUAAGCCUGUUGGAUUUAGUGUGCUGCAGCUAGUGGUGACAGACAAGGAUUCUUCUCACAAUGGCCCUCCAUUUCUCUUUACCAUCCUGAGUGGAAAUGAAGAGAACACUUUUCAGAUAACCCAGCAGGGAGUACUGACAACAGCUGCUGCACUGAAUCGCAGAGUGAGAGAUCACUAUUUACUCCAUGUUAAGGUGGCAGAUAAUGGAAAACCACCGUUGUCAUCUUUGACCUACAUUGAUAUUAGAGUUAUUGAGGAAAGCAUUUAUUCUCCAGCAAUUCUGCCUCUAGAAAUCUUUAUCACAGCCUUUGGAGAAGAAUAUUCGGGUGGUGUUAUUGGAAAAAUUCAUGCAACUGAUCAAGAUGUUUAUGAUACUCUGACAUACAGUCUGGACCCCAAAAUGGAAUCCUUGUUCUCCGUUUCCAGUACCGGUGGCAAACUAAUAGCACAUAAAAGCUUAGACAUAGGACAGUACCUCCUAAAUGUCACUGUUACAGAUGGAAAAUUUACAACUGCAGCUGAUAUUACUGUGCACAUCAGACAAAUCACACAAGAUUUACUAAAUCACAGCAUUGCAAUACGCUUUGCAAACCUUGCCCCUGAAGAGUUCAUUGGUGAUUACUGGCGCAAUUUCCAGAGAGCGUUAAGAAACAUCUUGGGUGUGAGGAGAAAUGAUAUCCAGAUUGUUAGUUUGCAGCCCUCUGAUCCUCCUUCAAAUCUUGAUGUCCUCCUGAAUAUUGAAAAGUCUGGUAGCUCUCAGCAUCCAAUGAGAAUUUUACUCCACAAGAUAAACUCUUCUGUGCCUGACCUAGAGGAGAUUUUGGGUGUCCGGAUAAUUGAUGUUUUCCAUAAGCUUUGUGCAGGCCUAGACUGUCCUUUGAAAUUUUGUGAAGAAAAGGUAACAGUGGAUGAGAACAUCAUGUCAACCCACAGCACAGCCAGGUUGAGUUUUGUCACUCCCCGUCAUCACAGAACAGCAGUUUGUCUUUGUAAAGAAGGAAAAUGCCCCUUGGUGAAUAGUGUGUGUGAAGAAAAUCCAUGCCCUGAAGGUACUGAAUGUUUAGGAGAUCCAGAGGAAGGAAGAUACACUUGUGUUUGCCAAGACAGCAAACUUGGACAGUGUCCUGCCGGCUCUGCUGUGACAUUUACUGGGAGCAGCUAUGUGAAAUACCGUCUCAUGGAAAAUGAGAACAAAGAGGAAAUGAAACUGACGAUGAGACUUAGGACUUACUCUGCUCAUGCGGUUGUUAUGUAUGCUCGAGGAACAGACUACAGUAUCUUAGAGAUUCACCAUGGAAGGCUGCAAUACAAAUUUGAUUGUGGCAGUGGACCUGGGAUUGUCUCUGUUCAGAGCAUUCAGAUAAACGAUGGCCAGUGGCAUUCAGUAUCUCUUGAAGUGGAUGGAAAUUACGCACGACUUGUUCUGGAUAGGGUGCAUACUGCUUCUGGUACUGCUCCUGGUACACUUAGGACACUAAACCUAGAUAAUCACGUGUUUUUUGGUGGUCAUAUUCGGCAGCAAGGUACAAGACAUGGUAGAAGCCCUCAGGUUAGCAAUGGAUUCAGAGGCUGUAUGGAUUCUGUUGUACUUAAUGGACAAGAGCUGCCCCUGCACAGUAAACCACGAAAUUAUGCACACAUGGAAGAAUCUGUAGAUGUGACUCCUGGAUGCUUACUGACUACCACAGAAGGUUGUUCAAGCAAUCCAUGUCAGAAUGGAGGCAUCUGCAAUGCACUGUCAAAUGGAGGUUACUACUGCAAGUGUGCACCUUUGUUUAUGGGAACUCACUGUGAUGUAAGUGUCAACCCAUGUGCUUCCAACCCCUGCCUUUAUGGUGGUACUUGCAUCCCGGUCAGUGAUGAUUUUAUCUGCCAGUGCCGAGGACAAUAUACAGGGCAAAGGUGUCAGCUGGGUCCGUACUGCAAAGACAAUCCUUGUAAAAACAGUGGCAAGUGUAUUGACAGUUUGGAUGGACCUGUUUGUGAGUGUGAAGUAGGCUUCCGUGGAGAAAGGUGCCUGACUGAUGUCGAUGAAUGUGUAGAAAACCCAUGUCUUAAUGGUGCCCUUUGUGAGAAUACUUACGGUUCAUAUCACUGCAACUGUAGUCAUGGAUUUGGAGGAAAACACUGCACAGACAUUGUUCUUAACAAAUAUGUUUCAACAUCUUGGAAUAUUAGCUUAUCUGAAGUGAUUGGGAUUAUUGUUUUCAUCGCAGGAAUAUUUUUGUUAGUUGUCAUUUUUGUUGUUUGCCGCAAAGUGAUUAGUAGAAAGAAGAAGCAUCAGCCAGAACCCGAAGACAAGCAGCUGGGAGCUACAACAGCUUUCUUGCAAAGACCUUAUUUUGAUGCAAAAUUGAAUAAGAACAUCUAUUCUGACAUCCCACCACAAGUUCCUGUUCGUCCCAUUUCUUACACUCCAAGCAUUCCAAGUGACUCCAGGAACAAUCUUGACAGGAAUUCUUUUGAAGGGUCUGCUAUCCCUGAGCACCCAGAGUUUAGUACUUUUAACCCAGAUUCUGUACAUGGGCAUCGGAAAGCUGUAGCUGUUUGCAGUGUAGCACCAAAUUUACCACCUCCACCUCCCUCUAACUCUCCUUCAGACAGCGAUUCAAUACAGAAACCCAGCUGGGAUUUUGACUAUGACACUAAAGUAGUAGAUCUUGACCCCUGCCUUUCAAAAAAGCCUCUGGAUGAAAAGAACUCCCACCCUUACAGUGCUAGAGAAAGCAUGUCUGAGGUCCAGUCUCUCAGCUCCUUUCAGUCUGAAUCAUGUGAUGACAACGCUUCCGUAGUGACUGUAAUACACCUUGUCAAUGCUGUUGUUGACUCGGUGGAAAACGAAGAAUCUUUUGCUGUUCCUGACCUCAGCAAUUCAAGAGGUUAUCACUGGGAUACAUCAGACUGGAUGCCAAGCGUUCAGUUGCCAGGUAUCCAAGAGUAUCCAAAUUAUGAAGUGGUUGAAGAGUCAGCUCCCCUUUACAAUGAUCCAAAUGCCAUCGAUACAGACUAUUACCCUGGCGGUUAUGACAUAGAAAGUGAUUUUCCACCUCCACCUGAUGACUUCCCUGCACCUGAUGAGCUUCCACCAUUACCACCAGAAUACAGCGACCAAUUUGAGUCAAUACAGCCACCCAGAGACAUGCCAGCCAUAGGUAGCUUGGGUUCUUCUGCAAGAAGCAGGCAGAGAUUUAACCUUAAUCAGUACCUUCCCCAUCACUAUCCUGCAGACAUGUCAGAACCUCAGACCACAACCAGUGGUGUCAGCGGCAGUUACAGAGACCCUUAUGCUCCUUACACGUUAGGGUACAAUAGAGACUUUGAAGCACCAACUGUAGACAACAUGUCCACGUCCGUGUAUGCUUCUACAGCUUCAUGCUCCGAUGUGUCAGCAUGCUGUGAAAUGGAGUCAGAAGUCAUGAUGAGUGACUAUGAGAGUGGAGAUGAUGGUCAUUUUGAAGAUGUGAAGAUUCCUCCGCUUGAUUCCCAGCAACAUACAGAAGUCUGAUACACUCAACAAAAGUGCCUGGACUCUAACAAACUUUAUCAAUUCUAGAAUAACUUUCAAGAGCUUUUUUAUUUUUUUUUUCUUUUUCCCAGCCACAGGGAAUGCUUUCGUUUCAGUGAGCUAAACUGGCAUGGCAGCCGUGGAUCAUGCAGUUCAUUUCACUAAAUCAGCCUGUUCCAUUUCCUGACCUGUAACUGGACAGUUCCAAGAUUUCCAUUGGCUGUGCCAUUUCUCAAUGUCCU